AUGCAAUCACAUUUACCUGAAAAAUAUAAAAAGAAGUUAAGGAAACCAGGAGAUAACAGCUCUGGAAAUUUAGUAAACACAGUAACUGUUAAAGCUGAACCUAUAGUUUCUACUUCAAACAUCCAUGUAACUCCUCAUUAUAGUGACUUAAGUACUGUAAUAUAUGUUUGGGGAGAUAACCCAGGAAGAAGUGACGAGAGCUCGGGCUCUUCAGCCUCUGAGUAUUGGACUCCUACAAUUUAUCGGAACUUAUCGGAUGUUAAAAUUACUUGUGUUUGUUGUAGCGAAUCGCAUAUGUUGUUUUUGACAGAGCAAAAGCUCAUUUACACCCUCGGUAACGGGGAUUAUGGCCAGCUUGGGCUCGGCAAGGGCAUAAUCCAUGUUUCUGAGCCUACUUUUGUAAGCAAGAUUUCUGAUGUGAAGCAGAUUUGUUGUGGCAAGUUUCACUCAGUUGCCCUUGUUGAGGGCGGUAGUCUUUUCAGUUGGGGUCGUAAUGACUUUUCAGGCCAUUUGAAUGGAUUUGCCACGUUUUCCCCCAAGGAGAUUUUAACUAAUAAAGAAAGUAGUCCAGGCGUUAAAAUUGUGUGUAAUUGUGUCUCUUCCAGUGAUUUACAAACCAUUGCUGUUUGUGAUGAGGGUCGUUGUUUGUAUUUUUGGGGUAUCGCUUUCAACGGUGAGCGUAUUCGGCACCCGAGACUAUUUUUUUCCUUUUCAAGUGAGAGGAUUUGCCAAAUUGCUGUUGGAACUUCUUUCGCUCUCGCUUUAAGUGAGCGUGGAAUUGUUUUCAACUACGGCGAUGGCACAUAUGGUGAGAUUUAUUCAGAAAGUACAAUAACCAACUCCACUCCAAUUUUCUCUCGGAUUAAGCACAAUUUAAUUAAAAAUAUCACUCAAAUCGCAGUUGGGAGCAGGCAUGCUCUGCUCAUAGACGACAAUAAUAAUGUUUUGGCAUUUGGAGAUAACAAUUACGGCCAGUGCGGAGCUCCUCAGCGUCACCACACUGCUCCCGUGAUUGUUGAAUUUACUGAAGCCAACUUUUUACCCAAAUACGUUUACACUGGUAACAGGACUUCCGCUUGCAUUAAUUCAGGGAAUCAAUUAUUUCUCUGGGGUCAUUCUUCUAAUCAUAAAUUAAUCUUCACUUCUUCUGUCGACAUUCUGAUUCAGCAGCAAAAGCAGCCUGGUGUUUCGAUAAUUUCAGGCUAUAAAAACUCAGUAAAUCAACUUAAUGUUUGUUCUAAUGGAUACUGUGAUUUUAAGUAA